AUGUGCAGUGGCAAGCUGCAGACAGGUUUGCUGGUGGUCGGCUACUUCGUCUACCUGCUGGUGGGUGCAGCCGUGUUCCAGGCGCUGGAGAGGACCGCUGAGAAGCAGGAGAAAAUAGCAGCUGCCCAGAUGAAGGAGGCUUUUCUGCAGAACUUCACCCACCUCACAGUGGCAGAGAUGGAGCAGUUUAUGAAGAACCUAACUGAAGCCAUUCAGAAUGGAGUAUACCCUGUUGGAAAUGAAUCACAGAUUGAAGACAGCAACUGGGAUUUCAGUAACUCCUUCUUCUUUGCAGGCACAGUUGUCUCCACAAUAGGCUAUGGCACGCUACGUCCUAAAACUGCUGGGGGCCAGAUCUUCUGUGUCUUUUUUGCUCUGUUUGGAAUCCCUCUGAAUAUUGUGUUUCUGCACCGUGUCGGUAAAAUGCUCUCACUGCUGUGUAAAAAGCUGGGGAAAUUCCUGUACGAGAAAGGAAUGAGAAAGAAGAAGAUCAAAUUUCUGACCCUUUUGUUCUUCCUGGCAACGGGCAUCCUAGUUUUUCUGUGCUUGCCAUCACUCUUCUUCCAGAUAACAGAAGGCUGGUCCUACAGUGAAGGAAUUUACUUUGCAUUUAUCACCCUCAGCACCAUUGGCUUUGGAGAUUAUGUAGUAGGUAAACAGCCUGGCAGGAAUUACUUUUCCUACUACCGAACACUGGUGGCCAUUUGGAUUCUUUUCGGCCUUGCCUGGAUUGCUCUCCUAUUUAAUUUAUUGACAACGGUACUAGAAGAUACUGAAAAAAUAAUUGUCAAGGAUCUCCAUCAAAUUGGAAAGGUGAGUAAGGACAAUGAAGCAAGCCAACAAAGAAGAUGCUGGCCUGCUCAAUUUAUUCCAGAAGAAGAACUACUACCACCACGUGCUGGAGGGGACGCAUAGAAAAUAGUGUCAUUAGCAGCAGAUUCUGAACACGCAAAAAAUGAAAAAAAUGUUUUUACUUAUAGCAAAACUAUUGCCAUAACAUAUGGGAAUUGAGUUCUUCAUUGGAGAGUUGCUAGUGAAUUAUUCUAAAGAAAUACCCAUGGAAAUAAAAUUUCUCCUAC